AUGGCCCGGCUGGUGCUGCAGGGCACACUGCUGUGCAUGCUGCGUGUCGGAUUAAUGAGCACCCUGGACUCCGAGGGCUUCCUGUCCCCUGCGCCUCAUAACUGUCCCUACAAAUGUGUCUGCGCUGCCGACCUCCUGAGCUGCGCCGGCCUGGGGCUGCAGGAUGUGCCGGGCGCGUUACCAGCUGCAGCUGCAGACCUCGACCUGAGCCACAAUGCGCUGCAGCGCCUGCGCCCCGGCUGGUUGGCGCCCCUCUCCCGGCUCCGCGCCCUGCGUUUAAAUCACAACGAGCUGGAUACGCUAGGUCCGGGAGUUUUCACCAAUGCCAGCGGCCUGCGGCUGCUCGAUUUAUCAUCUAACGCCCUGCGGGCCCUGGGCCGCCACGACCUCGACGGCCUGGGGGAGCUCAAGAUGCUGCUUCUGUUCAAUAACCGCCUGGCACACUUAGACGAGCAGGCCUUCCACGGCCUGGGCGCGCUCAGUCGUCUCUACCUGGGCUGCAAUGAACUUGCGUCCUUCUCUUUCAAUCACCUGCACGGCCUGGGCACGACCCACCUACGUACUCUGGAUCUCUCCUCCAACCACCUAGGACGCAUCCCUGUACCUGACCUGGCUUCACUGCCAGCCUUUCUCAAGAACGGCCUUUACUUGCACAACAACCCAUUACCCUGUGACUGCCGUCUCUACCAUCUGCUGCAACGCUGGCACCAGCGGGGGCUCAGCGCUGUGAGCGACUUCGCGGGCGAGUACACAUGCCUGGCCUUCAAGGUACCCACCUCCCGCGUGCGCUUCUUUGAGCACAGCCGUGUCUUUGAGAACUGCUCAGCUGCCCUGGCUCGGGGCCUAGAGCAGCCUGAAGAACAGCUGCAUGUGCAGGUGGGGCAGUCCCUGAGGCUACACUGCAACACCAGCGCCCCAGCCGUGCACAUUGCCUGGGUCUCGCCGCAGCAUGAGCUGCUUGUGGCACCAGGGUCUCGCAACGGCAGCAUCGCAGUGCGGGCUGAUGGCAGCCUGGCCAUCAGCAACGUGCAGCCAUGGCACGAGGGUGUCUUUGUGUGCCUGGCUACUGGACCCCACCUGCAUCACAACCAGACACACGAGUACAACGUAAGUGUGCACUUUCCACACCCUGAGCCUGACACUUUCAACACGGGCUUCACCACGCUGCUGGGCUGCGCCGUGGGCCUGGUGCUCGUGCUGCUCUACCUGUUCACGCCACCCUGCCCCGGCUGCCGCAGCUGCUACCAUCACACCUGCCGCUGCCGCCGCUGGCCCCGAACACCCAGCCCACUCCAGGAGCUGAGCGCACAGUCCUCAGUGCUCAGCACCACGCCGCCCGACGCACCGAGACGCAAGGCCAGUGUCCACAAGCACGUGGUCUUUCUGGAACCUGGCAGGAGAAGCCUCAAUGGUCGUGUGCAGCUAGCGGUAGCUGAAGACUUUGAUCUCCACAAUCCCUUGGGCCUGCGGCUCAAGGCUGGCUCUGAGUCCACUAGCUCCACAGGCUCUGAGGGUCUGGUGAUGACCUAGGCUGCCCAGGGGCCCCACCAAGGCCACUGCCUGCCCACUGCUUGCCCUGCUCCCCGCUGCUGCCCAGAGAAGUGCCAGAUGCUGGUGGGAAGCACUGGGCUUGGUCCUCCAGCCUCCUGUGUGGGCCUCGACAUAAACCACAGCAACACCACUCACUGGUAGAGGGGCUGAAGUCCCCAACUCUCUCCUGCUUCUCCCCAGCAACACAGGACCAAAACAUCCCAGGACCUAGCAGGGCCUACCUGUGCCCACAUGAGGAUUGGAACCGAGGGCCAUCUGGAAGAGCCCUUGCAUUAGAGCCCCAGGUUCACCCGCAGGGGCUAAGGCAGCCAUCAAGGAGAGUCGUGGUGAAGAAUUGAAGCAUGACCACCUUCUGCUUCCCAAGGGGACAGGAGUGGCCCACAGGGGAAAAGGAGGAAGACUUCAAAGGAAGACUGAGUCCCCACCCCGAGGGUGGAAAGAGGAAUUACAAGCCCUCCCUCUGGUGAAAUGUGACUCCCCACGCACCAACAUUCAAGCUACUUGAAGCUUCACGAGUCCAUGCAGUCUGGUGAGAAGGCAACCAGCAGGCAAGGCUCCUCAAGAGACCUCCAGGGGCAUCACUGGCACUUGAGGGCAGAGCCUCUCCCAUGGUCUCACAAGACAAUGGUAAGGGGCACCAAUGACCUGUUCCCCCAGCUUUUCAGCAGUAAAAAGCCUGCUGAGCAUGGCUAAGAUGGGAGGGCUGAGCCGGAACUUGCUGUCUCCCAAGGGCAGAAUCCUCUUAAGGGCUGGCACUGGUAUCAGCCUAAUGGCUGAAGCAGUGCCCUGGCUUCAUAUGCAUCUCACCACUCCCACGGCAGGGAGGCAGGGAAGCGGGGACUGGGAACCCCUCCUGAGUGAGGGCUGAGCUGGGGGGCCCACAAGUGUCCUGGAUCCAGCUAUCAUGGAAUUUCUUAAUAAAGGUAGUACAUGCUCGUCGUUGGAGCCUUCACAGA